AUGAGCGCUUCACGAGUGUACGCUCUGGGGAGUUCGCCCUCUGUGUACUUGAUGUGUCACGAAAUAGCUUCUCUGAGCUUCCAACCGCGAGUUCCAGAGCUCGUCCUGCUACUUCAAGACCAGAAGAAACUGAACAGAUUUUUGGACAAUGAGUCUAGAUUGGUGAUAGAAAAGCCCAAAGGGGGCUACAAAGGCUCGCAUCAGUAUAUGGCUUCGUGCUCACCACCCAAAUUUGCAUCUGGAGAGGUCGCAAAAGUCGACAAUUUGAUAGUCGGAGAGAAAAAACCGCGAUCGUUUGCACAAGCGCUCAAAAAAUACUCCGAAUCAAUCCACACCGAUACAAAUGUGCUUCUUCUAAAUCCAACGGUGGGUCUGGUGGAUGUUUUGCGCAAAAAAGUCUGGCAAGAGCGAGGUAUGUGUCCUAAUCUAUUUAUUGGAAUGACAAACGAACGACACAUUUCUAGGCCUAGUGAGUUUACAGCUCAGCUUUCAAGCUACAAAAACUCUCUUCAGAUCUGCGCUGUACCGAAAACACACAAUAACUACUCAUAUGAGCAGGAUGUGCAAAACGCCAAAGAAAUGGCAAACACUAACAAUUUGCUGAGGCUUUUCAAGUCCGUCAACGAGGAGGAGUCGGGAUCUGUGCUCGGCGUCAUGAAUAGAUCUUAUGGUGACCUCUUAUUGUACAGGUAUGAAGAGCUGAUAAUACAAUCCUGCGUGCUUCCCAUCACGGCGUUGUACGGUCUCCGCUUUCACGAUCUCAAAGCCUCGCAUGACUUGCUCAAGAUGGUACGAGCGCUCAUAGCAGAGUUCACUCAUACAAUUAAAACCACAGAUAAAUUUGUGAGCCAAAUACCGCCUGCGGAAGGUGCGUUGAACAAUGAUCGACUGGUAGCCUCUGUAUCACGUGCCCUUAAUAGGGAUAGGCGAAGAAUACUCAAUGAAAUGAACGUUCACGAUAUUAACCAAUUUAACGGUUUUUUUGCAUUAAAGGCUAGAAAGCACAACAUCAAGUGUCUUUUCAACGACACGGUGAUGACUUGCGCCAAAGCUAAACUCAGUUUGACACGUCAAGCGAAGUUGGAUUACAGAUCAUUGUAA